CUUUAAUUUGGUUGCAAUUCUAGCCAGUGCCGAAGGUGAAUUUGACUCCAUGUGAGCAUCUCUCUUUAUUUCAGCUCUCCAAUACUUUAACUAAUCUUAGCUUCCAUUUAUUCUCGAUCAUCUUAGCCUGCUUCAGUGGAAAGAACACUAUGCGAGAUCUUAUUUGGAGAUUGUUCCAUUACCAGUCCAAGUUUUGGAAUUUCAUGGGGAGUUUGUCAGCCAUAACCGGCCUGGUUUGUUUUUCCCUGAGCCCCGCCUUCAAAAAGUUAUUUGGAGAAUGGGAUUUUCUCCAUUUCCUCAUUUAUCUAUCCGUCAGCUCAGUUAUCUUGCUCAUCGCCUUGCUUGCAAAGAGAAUUCGAGUUUCAGGGAAUUUCCUGCUAAAAGGUCACAUGGUAUUUUUCAAUUUUGGUCUCACCUGUUUGUACUCUGUUGUUCGUGACAAAACUAUGAGUGGAAAACCAGAUGCUUUGAGCACAAUCUCGUACGGUUCAUUUGCUUUGAUGUCUUUGUCCAUGUCCAGGAAAUUUGAGCUCGGAUUCGAAACAGGGCUCUUUAGUUUUUUCCUGGCAUGCUUUUCCGUACAACUUAUUGAGAUCAGCGGGAUUCUCUCCGUGAUUGCAGUAGGAUUCAGCUAUGUGCUCAUCAAUUUUCGCAGCUAUUCAGAUUCCCAAGUAGAGAUUGGUUCCACUGGUCCACAUGACUUUCAUUGCUUUCAAGUUGAUCCUGCAAAUGAGGACAACAAUGCAGAGGAGCAACAUUCCACAAGGAUUGGAGAAGUUUCAAGGGAAAGCCUAUCUGGGGAUAGUCAGCAAAGCAGUGAAGAACAUGAUACUUGUUCUGUUUUGUCUCAUCAAGCUGAAGUCUCAAAUCAAGACAAUGUUUCUUCAGGAAAGAACCUGGUAACAAACGAAAACGGCUGGAUUAAUCUCAGUUCUCCUGUGUCCCAAUUAAUUUCAGGAACCCCACCAUCGGAUUUUUCAAGAGAUAUUGCUGGUGAUGCCAUACAAUUGAACGCGUGGCAAUUACAAGUUUGUGAUGGUGUGCAUUCGAUGAAGCCGCGACUCAUGUAUGACCCGUUGAGACGCGUAUGGCUGCGCCUGGAAGAAGUGGCACUGGUGUUUCGUUCAGUGGAAGAAGCAGACUUGGAAGUGACAAAGAGGCCAGAAAUGAGAGUUUUAGUGAAGCCUGCAGCCAAGGAUUCAGGGGAGGAUUCCAGUACUUCAUCUCCAACAUCGGUGCUUCCUCAACUCAGGACAGAUGCUGAUGAGGCGGAACAAGAAGAAGAAGACGAGGAGGAGGAGGAGGAACCUCUGAAAUUCGAUCAGGUUCUGUGGGUACAACGUUAGCUAUUAUCCCCUUGCUGGUUCCUACUAUUAUAAUAUAAAGAUGAAGUGAAAAACUCUUAAUUUAAAGGAUACCAUUAAUGCUAUUAAUAUGUAUAAUAUUUUUAUAAGUAGUAUUAGUGACACUUUUUCUUGCGUACUUGAUGUGUACAAAGAAGGAAACAAGGGAUUUGGGGUACCUGCUUUUCUUUCUAUUGUCUCCUCUAAUAUGUAAAAUCUCUUUUAUUUUUUCAUUUGAAGGAGAAAUUAGAUGAAAUUUUUGUGAUCAGCUGAAAUGAAGGGCUGAGAUUUUGGACAUUAAAAAAAAAAAAACAACAGACACUUCAAAUAAAAGAUGUAAGGAUUUGAUGGAGCUAUUGGAAGUUGACUAGAAGGAAAAAAGGUCUAAGUCAAGUCUGUUGUAUUAAUUUGCGCCAUUUCCUGAACUUUCUGGCUGCUAUACAAGUUUCCUUGUCAUGUCAUUCAAUCAUUCAUCAUGCUUACUUGACGUGAGAAUUUCAUAUGUUUGAGUCUUGCCUCCUUUCAUGCCAUGGUUUACUGCAAACUUUGGAUGCUUGACACUUGUUAUAAUUGAUGGAUAAAAAUUGUACAAAUAUUUUUGUAUACAAUUUUUAAGAUGCAAUCUUGUCCUUUUUUGGGAGGAGGAGAAGACAAUAAAGAAACUAGAUUCUUCACUUGAUGUAAUCCUAUCAUUAUCCAAGUGGCACGUUGUGGAUAAUUAUUUAUCAGACUUCGACUCUUGUAGCACGUAAUUGGGGCUUCAAGAUUUUACAUUAUGAGUAGUUUCUCUGUCAUAACCUUGAUGAUGAUCGUCAGGUGUGCCAAGUCGUUGAUGAUAGCCGGAGGUUAUAUUCAAGGAAGGAUUGCCUCUGAUCUUGAAAGCUCUGUAGUUUGUGGACCAUUCGUUUUGAUUGGUGUCAAGAAUGGGAUUGUUUUCAUGAACAAGUCGAAAAAUGAAAUUUGGAAGGAUGGCUGCAAUGGCGAGGGAGAUUCAGGAAUAAGGUGAACGUAUUGUCCGGCAUAGCCAUCUAUAUGCGGGAUUCUUCUAGUGAAGGGUCUUUGAGAUGAAGAAAAGGGUACGUGAGAUUCUACUCCUGAAGAUUUCUUGCAUAUUAUCUCACUCGGUCUCAGAAAUUUGGGUUCAGCUUGAUUCCUUCAUUUCUUGGCAUGUUGGUAAAAAAAUAAAGAGGGGGGGAGGGGAGUUGAUUUCUUGUGGAAGGGCUGGUGGUAAAGUAGUUCCUGGCGCACCCAAUGAGAUUCUCUUAAGUUAUAGAUGGCAACACUAGUUUGAAUAUGUUGCGACGAGCAUGAAAGUUUUAAUGUGGUUGUUGGUGCUACUACUUUAUUUUGACCAAGAUUGAUGGUGCUGCCAGAGAUGGCUGUGUGGUCGUGUGGUUGAUGAACCUGGAAUCCCUGUGAAAUUUAUGUGUUUGGAGGAAUGAAGAGCUGAUGAUAAACUCAAUGAAUUGGGCAUCUAAGUUAGAACGAUUGCUCUCUGUUCAUGGUCCUUAUUGUUGAGCGAGCAAUGGUGCUUUCUUGCUGAGCCAAUGCAUAGAGAGCACCCAAAACACCGGAAGAAAAUAUUCGAAGUACAUUCAGGAAAGACAUAAAGGGAUUUGAUGUUCAAGAUACAGUUUUGGAAGGUAGUAGAUUCUUUUACACAGACGAAGCAAAAUCAUUGAACAACGCAUAUGGUGGAUCCCUCCUUUGAUUUGGUAGGUGUGGGAUUGAUUUCAAGAAGAACAGAGAGAAGGCAUUGUGGCAUCCGAAUUUAGCAAAGACAGUGUUGAUUGGUUGAAAGUUGGCAAAGUUUUGACUUAUCCUAUUCAAAGUUUGAAAGGAGAAAGAGUCAAAUGAUUAAAAGCAUAUAAUUACUGAUGAUUGCACUAAGUUCAAGGAAAUGAAGUGAUGAUCAAGAUGUUUCCCUCAGGUGGGGGAAGUGGAAACAUACGGUAACAAGAGACGAAGUUUUGAAGAGAAGAAACCCAUUCAAUCCCAAAACCUUAGCUUCUUCCCAUAUCCUCUCGUGGUUGCGGCGGUUCUGCCAUAGUGUGGGUCGGGGAAUCUGAUUGAGGCAGUUUGCUGUUUCUGAUACCUAGAAAAGAACAGAAUGGGAGAUCUUAUAAAUCCGUCCACGAUUUGGAAACUUGUGGGAUCUGUGUCAGCCAUAAUUGGCGUGCUUUGCUUUGGUUUCAGCUCUACCUUCACAGACUUGUUUGGGGAGUGGGAUUAUCGCCGUUUCCUUGUUUAUAUAUUUGAUCAGUUUAUCUGUCCUCUGCUUCACUUUGCUGGCCAAGGGAAUUCGAGUUUCAGAGAAUGUGCGAAGUCAUGUGAUGACUGGCAGUUUUGUUCUGACCACCUUGUUCUCCUUUUGGCAUGACAAACGUGUAAAAGAAAAAUCAGAUGCAUUGAGCAUUAUCUCGUAUGGUUUAUUUACUUUAUCGUCGCUGUCCAUGUCAAGGAAGUUUGAGCUUGGAUUCGAAACAGGAUUCUUUGGUUUUUCCCUCUCAAUGUUUAUCCAACAGCUUGCCAAGAUCAAGUUAAUCUUCGCACUAAUUGCAUUCUUCUUCAGCUACGUCCUCAUUGUUUUUCGCCAAAGAGUACUGCAGGUUGGUUCUGACGGUCCAAAUGACUAUUAGAUCAUAGAGUUUGGUUCUUCAAAGGAAGCUGAAAUGGAAAUUGAUGAUGAAGACAUCAACGAGGAGGUCUUAAUUGAGGCCCAGGAUCCCGCACGGGUGGGAGAAGUUCCUGCGAACAAUCAGCAAAAUAACGAAGAGGAAACUCUUUUGUCUGCUCAAGCUACGCAUCAUUCCCCAAGCAUUGAGGAAAGCAUAGUUACGUCAGAUUGGGACAAUCAGCGAACAAAUGAAGAAGAGGAAACUCCAUCGUCUGUUCAAUCUACCCAGAGUAAGCAUAUCAGAGCGGGACCUUUGGCAAAGUAAUGAAGAAGAGGGAAGUGUUGGUCCGAUGAUGCUGAAUGGUGGAAUCAAGAUGAGGUAUCAUCAGGAAACAACGCGGUCGCAAUGGAAAACGGUUGGAUGCAGAGUGAUGCAGCGCAAGGCCUAAGCUAGACCAGACCACGUGAAGAUACUAGAAAGCAGAUGGGUCGAUGCCCAAUACGAAGACAUAUAGACAUCCAUCCAUGCACAUGUAAGGCUUACGUUGAAAUAGCAUCGAAACUGCUUCAUUUUCCACAUCUUGCACCAGUGGCUUGGGAAGUCAGUCAUGCUUUUGGCUACUGAGACAGUUGAAUGCCUACACGGCUUGUGCGUUGAAGGAUUGAAGAAAAGAAACCCAUUCAAUCCCAAAACCCUAGCUUCUUCUCGUCCUCUUGUGGUUGCGGCGGUUUUUGCACAGAGUGGGUUCGGAGAUCUGAUUGAGGUUAGCAUGUUUCUUUGAUGAUUUUUAUUGUUUGGCCUAUUACAGAAAUCUUGCUACAAUCUCGGUUAUACUCUGCUUUUGGAAUUCGAAUCCUUGUUCUUGAGGAAUUAAACACACCUGAUCUUUUUUCCCAUUUUGGAUAACUGUAAGCAGUAGGCUGUUUCUGAUUCCUGGAAAAGAACAGAAUAAAACAAGUGAUUAAAAUUGUGCGAAUUGAAUCAGCCAUAAGUGGCAUGGUUUGCUUU